UCAAUCCACACUCCUCCACUUCCCCACUCCUUCUCCCUCUGCCUUCGCUUUUCUCUCUCUUCUCAGCAAUGGCCGCCACGAAGCUUUCUCUCGCUCUCUGUGCCCUAGCCGUCCUGGCCGUCAAUUUCUCCGGCGUUGCGCCCGCACACGACGCUCCGCCGCCGGCGGUGGACUGCUCCAGCCUCAUUCUGAACAUGGCCGAUUGCCUCUCCUUCGUGUCCAACGACAGCACCACCACCAAGCCCGAGGGAUCCUGCUGCACCGGCCUCAAGACCGUUCUCAAGGCCGACGCCGACUGCCUCUGCGAGGCCUUCAAGAACAGCGCUCAACUAGGCGUCGUCUUGAACGUCACCAAGGCCCUCUCUCUCCCCGCCGCUUGCAAAGUCUCUGCUCCUGCUGCUGCUAACUGUAAAUUGUCGACCUCUCCCGCCGGUUCUCCUGCGCUCACGCCGAAAUCCUCGCCUGGACCGUCGACUGCUGCGGCGCCGGAGAUCGGCGCCCCGACGACGAGCGAGCCGGCUCCGGCUCCGGCCCCCGGAAAGUCCGCAGCGUCGGCAGUUUUCGUCUCGGUUGGAUCCCUAAUCGCCGCCAUUGGUGCUGCUCUGUUCUGCAGUUUUUAAGUGGGAAUACGGUGUCGUUUUGGUAGGCAGAGAAUUUGGGGGAAAAUUGAAAUUGAAAUGUUAGUGUUUAAUGUGGAUGGAAAUUUGUGGGAGUGUUUGGUUUUGGUUUUGUUUCUCUUGUGGUGGCUGUAAUUUGUGGUGUGUGACUCAAAGCAGAUUAUAAAAUUCAUUUUUUUUACUGUCUUUCAAAUCCA